CUUCCUUUCUGUUAUUUCUUCAUCCACCUCCUCUCUCCCCCUAAAAAUCUAUCCUCUCCCUUCCCAUGGGAUUCUGACUUUGAGCUAAUAAUCCCAUGGGAGGCUGCAUUUCCAUGCCUGCUAAGGCAGGCCAGAAGAAGAAAGCCAAGGCCAAAAAGAUCAUCCCUGAAUCUGGCGACGACGUGUUUCGGAAAUCGGUGACGAUCCGGCCGAUAUCGGUGUUGAAGGAGCCGAGCGGCAAGGACAUUUACAAGACGUACAGGCUGGGGAAGGAGCUGGGGCGGGGGGAGUUUGGGGUAACCCACCAGUGUUUCGACCUGGAGACCGGGGAAAUCUUCGCCUGCAAGACGAUUUCGAAGAGCAAGCUGACGACCGAGAUCGAUAUUCAGGAUGUGAGGAGGGAGGUGGAGAUUAUGAAGCAUUUGCCCAAGCACCCGAAUAUCGUAAGGUUGAAGGAGGCGUAUGAGGACAAGGAUAAUGUACAUUUGGUCAUGGAACUCUGCGAGGGAGGCGAGCUCUUCGAUAGGAUUGUCGCCCGCGGCCACUACACAGAGCGGGCCGCCGCAGAUGUCACCAGAAGUAUUGUCGAGAUCCUUCAGAUAUGCCAUCAACAUGGAGUGAUGCAUCGAGACCUAAAGCCAGAGAAUUUCUUGUUUGCAGAUGCUAGUGAAGCUUCACCAUUGAAGGCAAUUGAUUUUGGGCUAUCCAUAUUCUUUAAGCCGGGCCAGCGGUUCAAUGAAAUUGUUGGAAGCCCCUACUACAUGGCCCCAGAAGUCCUGAGACGACACUAUGGACCAGAAGUCGAUGUUUGGAGCGCAGGCGUUAUUCUUUAUAUCCUACUCUGUGGAGUUCCUCCCUUCUGGGCAGAAACCGAAGAAGGGAUUGCACAGGCGAUUGUGAAGUCUGUUGUAGACUUUGAGAAGGAUCCUUGGCCUCAUGUUUCUGAGGAUGCCAAGGACCUAGUGAGGAGUAUGCUUGAUCCCAACCCUUAUAACCGCUUGACUGUUGAAGAAGUCCUUGCCCAUCCAUGGAUCAAAAAUGCCACCAGCAUCCCUAAUGUGUCCCUUGGAGAAAAUGUGAGGACGAGGAUCAAGCAAUUCUCAUUGAUGAACAAGUUCAAGAAGAGGGUUCUCAGAGUGGUAGCAGACAACCUACCAAAUGAGCAGCGAGAUGGAAUCAGACAGAUAUUCCACAUGAUGGACACUGACAAAAAUGGAAACUUGAGCUUUGAAGAGCUCAAAGACGGACUCCACAAGAUUGGACAUCCAGUUGCCGACCCUGAUGUGAAGAUGUUGAUUGAAGCUGCUGAUAUGGAUGGAACCGGGACACUGAACUGUGAUGAGUUUGUAACAAUUUCUGUGCACCUGAGAAAGAUCAGCAGCGAUGAAAAUCUGAGCGAAGCUUUUAGGGCUUUCGACAAGAACGACAGUGGGUUCAUUGAGUUUGAAGAGCUCAGAGAGGCCUUAAGAGAGGAUAACCUUGGCCCCAACAAUGAGCAGGUGAUCCAAGACAUCAUUUUCGACGUUGAUUUGGACAAGGAUGGUCGGAUCAGUUAUGAUGAGUUCAAGGCGAUGAUGAAGACGGGCAUGGACUGGAAGAUGUCGUCGCGCCAGUACUCAAGAGCAAUGCUAAAUGCCCUUAGCAUGAGAAUCUUCAAAGACAAAUCUAUGCCACUGCAAAACAAAUCUAUGCAGCUGGAAAACAGAUCUAUGCUGCUGAAAAACAGAUCUAUGAGACUGCAAAAUCAAGUGUUUGUUUAGAGGUAAUCUGGAAGCAAGAGUUAAGUAAUCCUAUUUACACUCUUGAGAAACAAGUAUGGAAGAUAAAAGCAUAUAUUGUGUACAAAAGAAAAAUAAUAUGUCUAUAAGCGUUUGAGUUGUGUACAGUUUUGGCUUCCUGUUACACACACACACUAGAGAGGAGUUUGGAAAGUUGAAAUUCAUGAUGGGAGGAGUUCAUCUUUAAGGUCUGAGUUUUUUUAAUUUUAGAGUGAAACUCAUGUAUGGAUUUGAGUUCAAUGUUGGUGGAAUCAUCACUCAUAAUCAUAUCAUUUGGUUGAUGAAUGAAGAUGUUUUAUUUUUUGCAUCUUAAAUUGCAGCUAUAUAUUAUAUACUAUGUCCUAGACUUUGUCCAUUGUUCUCCAUUUUGAAUGUCAAUAUGUAUGAUUCAAAUGAUGGAUAUAGG